UUGUGAUGAAAUAACAGCUCGUCUGAGCUCUGCAGUAAAAUGAAAAAAAAAUGGAUGACUUCACGUUCGGCUCGCACAGACUAGUUCACCUCGACCUUAAGGGCGCCCCACCUCGGGUGGCUUAUUUCGAGAAGUUAUUUCCUUAUCUGAGGACAUGGGGUGCCACAGGCUUGUUGCUAGAGUGGGAGGACACGUUUCCGUACAAUCGAGAGCUGUCACGCAUUGGGAGCAAUGGACCCAGCAGCCUAGGAAGUGGUUAUACAGCACAAGAAGCUUUGCAGAUACUGCAAAUUGCUGGAGAUUGUGGACUGGCAGUUGUUCCUUUGGUUCAAACCUUUGGUCAUUUAGAAUUCGUUUUAAAACACGACCAGUGGAGAUCUCUGAGAGAAGUAGAAAACUUUCCGAGCUCGAUCUGUCCAUCGAACCCAGCCACUCUUCCCCUGGUUAAAUCCCUCGUACGACAAAUCGUGUCGUUCCACCCUGACAUUCAAUAUCUCCACAUCGGAGCAGACGAGGUCUGGCACCUCGGGCUGUGCUCUGUCUGCUCCAAACGGGCCAGUUUGAGUAAACAUGGCAAGUCCACUCUUUACCUGGAGCAUGUGCUCGCUAUUGCACAAUACAUCAAGGAGAUGUAUCCUUGCUUGAAAAUCAUCAUUUGGGAUGAUAUGCUGAGGAGCACAGAUUUGCAAGUUUUGAAUGAGUAUUAUGUUGGAAAGUACGUGGAACCAAUGAUAUGGCAUUAUAAUUCCAGAGAAACAUUCUCUCUUCCCCAAGAUUUGUGGACGAAAUACAGUGCAGUAUUCCCUAACGUAUGGGCAGCAACAGCAUUCAAAGGGGCGACAGGAUCAACCCGACAAAUUCCAGUGAUAAGCCAUCACAUAAGUAAUCACGAGAGAUGGUUAGAAGAGCUUGGCAUCCAUGGUAACAAAAUCAAUGAAUUCCGGGGGACUGCAUUCACCGGCUGGUCGAGAUAUGAUCACUAUGCAACCAUGUGUGAACUUCUGCCCACUGCAAUACCGUCACUGGCGCUGUGUUUAAGGGUAUGGCUGCACGGAUAUUCUGAGCAAACCCACAUGCAGGUUGCCAAAAGUCUGGGGUAUAUUGACCACCCACUGCAUAUUAAUCCGCCAAUACGGCCUGCACCAAUAGCCAGUAAUCUCUCUUAUCCUGGGUGGCAGUUGACGGGAGGGAUCGAGUGGUUUUUGAACUUCAAGAUCAAGUUCGAUGGCAUGGUCAAUAGUGAUCAAAUUUUAACAUGGAUGAAUCCAUGGCAAGUGGCUAACAGUUACACAAAUCCGAUGCAACUAGAAAGUCUCAUUCCAGCGUUUUCAGAUUUACUUCUGGAACUGACUUCCCUAGAAUCCUACAUGAAAGUUCAAAUGGAAGCUAUCUUCUUUCCACCGGCAAUAGACGAGUGGACAGGCACACAUCUUCAACCAAUGAAGAAUAAACUCAUUGAGCUAAAACAAACAGCUGAUAAUCAAAUCAAAAUCAAUAGUCGUGGAUAGAUGAUUCUACCGUAAAUAUUUUAUAAUGUAAAAUUGAAGAUCGAGUCUGGAUUGACUAGUAAAAUUUUACAAUAUAAAGUUUUUGUAACUGAUCUCUUCAGAGUAAACCCUAAGAUUUAGAUGUAAGUAAGAAAAGAACUUGCUUAUUCAUUUGAAAAAUCCAAGCCUGCGACACCAUGUUUUUCACAUAGUUUUGUAAUUAAUUAAUAUGUUUCGUUUCUAAUUGUUCGAUUUUAAAUGGAGAAUAAUAAAAAUCUUACUAUGCUGAA